GUGAAGCUCACUACGUUGGACUCGUGUUUGCUCCCCCUGGUCGCCGGAGCCAACUUCCCUCCCCUUUGUAAUUACCAUUUUCCAACGAUGACUGAGUUUUCGAAGGGGCGCGUUGAUGGGAAACAUCCUCUGUCACACAGCCAAUGCUGCUCGAGCAGUGUGUGGAGGGUGUCUACACCUAACGUAUGUUUACGAUGAUGGGACCUCGGUCAGACAUGGGAACACUGCCAGAGGCAGCCAUGAGCCCUCCACGGCGAUCAUCCAGCCCUCCACGGCGAUCAUCCAGCCCUCCACGGCGAUCAUCCAGCCCUCCACGGCGAUCAUCCAGCCCUCCACGGCGAUCAUCCAGCCCUCCACGGCGAUCAUCCAGCCCUCCACGGCGAUCAUCCAGCCCUCCACGGCGAUCAUCCAGCCCUCCACGGCGAUCAUCCAGCCCUCCACGGCGAUCAUCAAGUUCCCAUGGUGACAGGCCCUCCAAUGAGACCCUUCAGAGAAACAACAGCAGCAACUCUGGUGUUAUUCUGGACAUCUCGGCUCUCAAGAUGGCAGAAGUGGAUUCAGAGGUGCCUCCUCUUCCACCUCGCUAUCGCUUCAGGGACUUGUUGCUGGGGGACCAGACGUUUCAGAAUGAUGACAGGUAUCAAGAGGAAUACAGUAUGGACUCAACCAAUGCCCAGGUGCAGGUGGAGUUCUAUGUCAAUGAAAACACCUUCAAGGAGAGGCUGAAGCUUUUCUUCAUCAAAAACCAAAGGUCAAGCCUCCGAAUCCGCCUGUUCAACUUCUCACUGAAGAUCCUCACCUGUGUCCUCUACAUAGUAAGAGUCAGCCUGGAUAACCCGAAUGAGGUCAACAGCAACUCAUGUGCAAUAUGCCCGAACAACAACAACACAGCAGACUCAACAGAAAUCAACUGGUCAUUGAUUUUCUGGGUUACCAGACGGGAACCUGUAUGGGCGAUACAGGUGACAGUGGCCUUAAUCAGUUUCUUGGAGACCAUGCUUAUCACAUAUCUCAGCUACAAGGGGAACAUUUGGGAGCAGAUCUUCCAGAUAUCCUUUAUAUUGGAGAUGAUCAAUUCAGUGCCCUUUAUAAUCACAAUCUUCUGGGCUCCAUUGAGAAACAUAUUUGUUCCUGUAUUUCUUAACUGCUGGUUAGCCAAAGGUGCCCUGGAGAACAUGAUCAAUGACUUCCAUCGUGCCAUCCAGCGGACCCACUCUGCCAUGUUCAACCAGGUGUUCAUCCUCAUCUGCACCUUACUGUGUCUGGUUUUCACUGGAGCUUGUGGAAUCCAGCAUCUAGAGAGAGCAGGGAAGCACCUGACUCUGUUUGACUCGUUCUAUUUCUGCAUCGUCACCUUCUCCACUGUGGGCUAUGGGGAUGUCACGCCACAAAUCUGGCCCUCCCAGCUGCUCGUGGUCAUUCUCAUCUGUGUUGCCUUGGUGGUGCUCCCACUGCAGUUUGAAGAACUAGCAUACCUGUGGAUGGAGAGCCAAAAGUUAGGAGGGAACUACAGCCGCCACCGGGCGCAGACAGAGAAGCAUGUGGUGCUGUGUGUCAGCUCGCUGAAGAUUGACCUUCUCAUGGACUUCCUCAAUGAGUUCUACGCUCAUCCCAGACUACAGGACUACUAUGUGGUGAUCCUGUGUCCAACAGAGAUAGACAUUCAGGUUCGCCGUAUCCUCCAAAUCCCUCUGUGGUCCCAGAGGGUCAUCUACCUUCAAGGAUCUGCCCUCAAAGACCAGGACCUGAUGAGGGCCAAGAUGGAUGAUGCUGAGGCCUGCUUCAUCCUCAGCAGCAGGAACGAGCUCGACCGAACUGCUGCUGAUCACCAGACUAUUUUGAGGGCUUGGGCUGCGAAAGACUUUGCUCCAAAUUGCCCUCUCUACGUCCAAAUUCUCAAACCUGAAAAUAAAUUCCAUGUUAAGUUUGCAGAUCAUGUAGUAUGUGAAGAGGAGUUCAAGUAUGCCAUGUUGGCGCUGAACUGCGUGUGUCCCGCCACAUCUACCUUAGUCACUCUCUUGGUUCACACCUCCAGAGGACAGGAGGGGCAGAUGUCACCGGAGCAUUGGCAGAGGAUGUAUGGACGGUGCUCUGGAAACGAGGUUUACCACAUCCGUUUGUGUGACAGCAAGUUUUUUGGGGAGUACGAUGGAAAAAGCUUUACGUACGCCUCUUUCCACGCCCAUAAGAAAUAUGGUGUGUGUUUGAUCGGAGUGAAGAGGGAGGACAACAAGAGCAUCCUUCUGAACCCCGGCCCCCGCCACAUCAUGGCUGCCCCCGAUACUUGCUACUACAUCAACAUCACCAAGGAGGAGAACUCAGCAUUCAUCUUCAAACAAGAGGAGAAGCACAACAAAGGCCUGUCCGUCACCGGCCUCUACGACGCCCCCUCCAGGCUGCCCGUGCACAGCAUCAUCGCCAGCAUGGUUGAUCAGGCCACUGCAUAUGGCACUGUAGCUAUAGAUCUCCAGAACCCUGAUCCUCCCGAGGAAAGCAGCAAGCUGACCUUGCCGACGGAGAACGGCUCUGGAAGCCGCAGGCCGAGCAUCGCGCCUGUCCUAGAGAUCACUGACUCCUCUGCCAUUCUGCCCUGCGACCUCCUCAGCGACCAAUCAGAGGAUGAGACCAACCAAUCUGAUGACGAGUGCUCUGUAGGGUCAGAUUUUGUGAAGGGCUACCCUCCCAACUCGCCCUACAUCGGCAGCUCUCCCACUCUGUGCCACCUCCUGCCACAGAAAGCUUCAUUCUGCUGCCUUCGUCUUGACAAGGGCUGCACACACAGCAGCUUUGAGGAUGCCAAGGCAUACGGCUUCAAGAAUAAGCUGAUUAUAGUGUCUGCAGAGACAGCCGGAAACGGUCUCUACAACUUCAUUGUCCCUCUGCGCGCUUACUAUCGGCCCAGGAAGGAGCUCAACCCCAUAGUGCUGCUGCUGGACAACAUGCCAGACAACCACUUCUUGGAGGCCAUUUGCUGCUUUCCAAUGGUUUACUACAUGAAAGGCACGAUCGAUAGCUUGGACAACCUGCUACAGUGUGGCAUAAUCUACGCUGACAACUUAGUGGUUGUGGACAAGGAAAGCACCAUGAGCGCUGAGGAGGACUACAUGGCAGACGCUAAGACCAUUGUCAACGUCCAGACAAUGUUUAGGUUGUUCCCCAGUCUCAGCAUCAUCACUGAGCUCACACACCCGUCCAACAUGAGGUUCAUGCAGUUCAGAGCCAAGGACUGCUACUCACUCGCUCUCUCCAAACUGGAGAAGAUAGAGCGUGAUAAGGGCUCUAACUUGGCCUUCAUGUUCCGGCUGCCGUUUGCUGCAGGCAGAGUGUUCAGCAUCAGCAUGUUGGAUACACUGCUUUACCAGUCGUUCGUUAAGGACUAUAUGAUCGCUAUAGCUAGGCUUCUCCUCGGUCUAGACACCACGCCCGGCUCUGGGUACCUGUGUGCUAUGAAGAUCACAGAAGAGGACCUGUGGAUCAGGACUUACGGCAGACUCUUCCAGAAGCUUUGCUCCUCCAGCGCUGAGAUCCCCAUAGGGAUCUACCGCACCGAGUCCCACAUGUUCUCAACCACAGAGUGCAAGGGCAGUAACGCACAGUCUCAGAUGUCCAUCAACAUACAGCACGGCGAGGAGCACCGUGAGCACGGAGAGUCCUGGAAGGAGAAGACGGCCCACAGAAACUCCUCGGCGAGCGACCAAUCGGAGCACCCGCUGCUGAGGAAGAAGAGCAUGCAGUGGGCCCGGCGGCUGAGCAGGAAGAGCACCAAACCGUCCAGCAGGGCAGAGCGGAUCUCGCAGCAGAGACUCAACCUGUACCGACGCUCCGAGCGACAGGAGCUGUCGGAGCUGGUCAAGAAUCGCAUGAAGCACCUGGGCCUGCCCACCGUGGGAUACGAGGAUGUUUCUAAUCUCACUGCGAGCGAUGUCAUGAAUCGAGUAAAUCUAGGAUAUUUGCAAGAGUUGCAGGACAUUUCAGAGCACCCGUACACAGAGGGGACCAGGCCUUCAGGGCCACAAGCAGACGAGAUGAACGACCACCAGAACACGCUGUCCUACGUCCUCAUCAAUCCGCCUCCUGACACCAUGCUGGAGCUCAACGACAUUGUGUACAUUAUCCGGUCAGACCCGCUGGCACACAUGCCAGAGGACUCACAGGUGGGGCAGGCCCGCAGCACCAGGAACCAGCAGGACUUUGGCACAGAGACAAGAGACGAGACUCACCUCUAAAAAAAAAAAUAAGAAAAAAAAAAAAACAUCGCUCCUCGACACCCUGACACCUUAAUCUGUAAGCCCCGCCCGGGCCGACAAAGCAUGUUUGUCUCACCCCCGGAGGCUGGUCUCUGGCCGAGGACAGCGGUCCAUGGUACAUGUGCAUUACGUGUCCCUUAGCCUCAGAUCAGAAAUAAUCAACCGUUAAAAGAUGACCCUGAGAGGACGGCUGUUCCCCCAGUGAGCUGCUACAGGAGGAUGCAUGAAGAGUGCCUCGCUAUCGACCACGACUCCCCUCGCACAACGUCUUGACUGACACAGUUCACCGUCGCAACCAAGCACAGGAAACGGCUAACUCCUUCCAACCAAAGGACUCAGUUAUUUUAAAGGAUGUUGUGAGCGGUCUUUGAACAGUCUAAAGCUUUUCGUGCACAUACCGUACAGGACAUCAUUUCCCUCUGUGUGAGGACGUGCCACGUCUCAGGCCGACUUCCUCUACGCCUAUUUCUGCCUAAACUCACAAAGAGCCAAAUCUCGGGGCGACUGCACCCUGCCCCACAUCUUAACAUUCACUAAAUUUCUAAAAAUUUAAGCAUUUACCAUGAAAUGACAGUACAUGUGCACUUUACUUAUUUAUUACAUUUGUCUGUUUAUGUUUUUGUCCGUUUCUAAUCAGACAGGAUUUUCAUUUUCUUUAUGAGCACAAACUUUUUUACAACAAACUGUCAUCUAUGAAUAUAUAGACACUGUAGUGGCUCUUUAAUCAGCCGUAUUAGAAUGGUCAGCAUUUCUAUCUUUGUUGUGUUGGACACUGGUUUCCAUUGUGGUUAAUGUUUAGGAAUGAACAUUGUUAUUUUAUUUCACUAUUUUAAGUGUCCCUAUCAUCAGUCUGCUAUACAGUAUGUGCCAUUCUUUUGUUUAUUCUAUUGCUUUGUAAAUAUUUUGAAAAUGAUGUGUACAGGAUAUGCCAUUUUACAUCUGUUUUGUGAUAUCGGUGUUAUUGUUUUUAUUAUUAUUAUUGAGCCGUGUCGAUUAAUUGGCUGGGACGAUUUUAUCCGCUGAUCUGGGUUUAUCAAAGAUGUCCGGCUCAUGUCAUGGCGGCUACUUUAACGUAUUUCGAGUUUGCCCACAACACUCUCUCUCUAUUUAUGUAUGUUUAGUCCUAUUUUCUUAGUGAAACUUAAUCAUAUUCAUAUAUUUGUUUUGGUUUUUAUUCAUAGCUGUUUAAUGUUUAAAUGCAUUUAUGUAUUCAUUCAAAACUUUUAACAACCAGAUUUAAAGGAAUAGUCUGAAGUCUGGGUAGAUAACCGCAUUUGCUAUUUUGAAAAGUUAGUUGAGAAGCUUGACACCUCUCUUAUGUUGUAAGAUAAUUUAAUAGUAUUUCAAUUUAAUUUUAUACUUUUUAUUGAUCCCCAGUGGAGAAAUUACACUCUGGAUUACACUCUGAAAUACGCACAUGCAUGUGUGUUGUUUUGUGCAGAUUAAACAUGCUAUUAAAUGUUAUAUUAAUUGCGUAAUAGUUAG